AUGCAAAGUCUUGAAGAAAAAAUUUUAUGUCCUUGUGCAAAGUGUGGCCUUGUAAUACCUGUCACUCGAAUAAUUGCAUUUGAACAUCUCAUAUGCAAUGGAUUUAUGAAGGGUUACACUAAAUGGAUAUUGCACGGAGAGACUUCUUCGCAUGCUGCACAGAAUAUUGAGAGUCCUAUUGAUACUCGUGAGUCAAAUUAUACCAUUGAUAUGGAAGGAAUUAUUCAUGAUGCAUUUCAACAUAAUAUUAUUGGUGAAGAAGAACAUGAUUUUGAAAAUGACAACCUUCAUGGUGGAAGCAAUGAACCAAAUACAAAAGCAAAAGAAUUUUACAAUUUGGUGAAAGAUGGUGAGACCGAACUUUAUCCAGGUUGUACGAGUUUUACAAAGCUCUCAUUUGUUAUUCAAUUAUUUCAUAUUAAGUGCAUAAGUGGAUGGAGUGACAUAUCGUUUGAAAAAGUACUUAAGUUAUUUAAAAGAGCAUUACCAGAAGGUGAAACAUUAUCCAAUUCUUUUUAUGAGACAAAAAAAUUAAUAACUGCCCUAGGACUUGAUUAUGAAAAAAUUGAUGCUUGUCCGAAAGAUUGCAUGUUGUAUAGAAAGGAACAUGCAAAUGACAUAGAAUGUGAAGUUUGCUCUACACCAAGGAGUGAGGCUAAAGUGUUGCACCAUUUUCCUUUGAUACCAAGAUUACAAAGAUUAUUUAUGUCAUCAAAAACAUCUGAUUUUAUGACUUGGCAUCAUAAUAAAGAUCGUAAUAAUGACGGUCGUAUGAGACACCCAAUCGAUUCUCCAGCAUGGAUGACUUUUGAUCACAACCACAAGAAUUUUGCAGCAGAUCCUCGAAAUGUUAGAGUUGGGCUAGCCUCUGAUGGAAUGAACCCUUUCAAGACAUUAAGUGUAAGUCACAGUACAUGGCCAGUUAUUUUGAUACCAUAUAAUCUUCCUCCAUGGAUGUGUAUGAAACAACCAAAUUUUAUUAUGUCCUUGCUCAUACCUGGUCCAAAAGCACCUGGAAAUAAUAUUGAUGUAUAUUUGGAGCCAUUAAUUGAAGAGUUAAAGGAUUUAUGGGAAAAUGGAGUUGAAACUUUUGAUGCUUCUACAAAAAAAAACUUUAAUUUACGGGCAUCACUAUUAUGGACUAUCAGUGAUUUUCCAGCAUAUGCAAACUUAUCAGGAUGGAGCACAAAAGGAAAAUAUGCAUGCCCAUGUUGUCAUCAAGACACUUAUUCUUUGUGGUUGAAGUACAGUAAAAAACAUUGCUAUAUGGGUCACCGUCGUUGGUUAGAAAAUAACCACUCAUUUAGAAACGAUGAAAAGUCUUUUGAUGGCACAAAAGAGCAAAGAAUGGCUCCAACACUAUUAACUGGUUCAAUGAUAUUGGAUAUGUUAGAAGGCUACAAAAUUAAAUUUGGGAAGACAGUUGUUAAUCCUCAAUUGCCGUAUGGUUGGAAGAAAAGGAGUAUAUUUUUUGAAUUACCAUAUUGGAAGGAUAAUUUAUUAAGACACAAUCUUGAUGUGAUGCAUAUUGAAAAGAAUGUAUGCGAAAGUUUGAUUGGGACUUUAUUGAGUUUAGAUACAAAAAAUAAAGACAAUUUGAAUGCGCGUCUUGAUUUAAAAGUUAUGGGUAUUAAAUCUGAACUUCAUCCAAAGGAGAGUGAAUCUAAGAGAACUGUCAUUCCGCCUGCUUGUUUUACAUUAAGCAAAAAUGAAAAAAAUUGUCUUUUGUCAAUUUUUAGAGACAAUUAA